UCAGAUUAUUCAUCUAGUCUUGCUGAAAUGUAAUCACCACCCAGUGAUCAGACUGUCAGUCUUCUUGAUCUUCUAUUUUAUUUAUGUGUACAAUCAGCCAAUCAUGUGGCAGCAGUGCAAUGCACAGAAUCAUGCAGAUGCAGGUCAAGAACUUCAGCGUUCAAUGUUCACAUCACAUCAGAAUGGGAAUAAAAUGUGAUCACAGUGAAUUUAACCAUGGCAUGGAUGUUGGUACCAGAUGGGCUGAUUUGAGUAUUUCAAAAACUGCUGAUCUCCUGGGAUUUUCACACACACCAGUCUCUAGAGUAUCACAGAAUGGUGCGAAAAACAAAAAACAUCAAGCGAGCAUUAGUUCUGUGUAAUUGGUUUGACCUGACAGGAAGGCUACGGUAACUCACAUAACCACUCUUUACAACCGUGGUGAGCUGAAAAGCAUCUCGGAAUAUCUACUAUGCAGAACCUUGAGGUGGAUGGGUUACAACAGCAGAAGACCACAUCCAUGGGGGUUUGCUCUGAUAGGAAUCCAUGGCAAUCUUGGCUGAAUCCAAUCCUGCUCGUUAUGGAAUCCUCUGGAGGAAAUUUGAUGAGAUCUACACCAUCCUUGACCUCCUGCUGCAGCACCACUUCCUGCUGCGUACCAGUGCCUCCUUUUCUGAGAACUUCUACGGGCUAAAGCGCGUGGGCCCGGACGAGAGCAGACGAGCGCAUCGUGGCCUCGGUCGCAGGAGACAUCUGCGAUCCCUGCUUCUCCUAGUGCUCCUCCCGUACCUCCGAACCAAACUGGAGAAGGUGCUGGCUCGUCAGAGAGACGAGGACGACUUCUCGAUACGGAUGCCCCAGUCCCUUUCUCAGAAGAUGUACAGAGCCUUCUUGGCUGCCUAUCCUUAUGUUUGUAUGGCGUGGGAAGGUUGGAGUUUUUGCCAUCAGUUGCUGUACAUUUUUGGAAGUGCGCGUACGCAUUCGCCCCUUCUGUGGCUGGCGGGAGUCAAAUUGUCCCAUCUGACAGCUCAGGAUAUUCAAAACUUGGAUCUCAAGCCAGCAGGGCGAGCACUGAGCUCUAGCCAAAGCUUUGGAGGACGGCUGCAGCACGUCUUUUCCACGGUGAUUGGCAGCGUCGCCGUAUCCCUCUCCGCCAGUCUCUCUAUGGGAGUGUUCUUCCUGCAGUUUCUGGAGUGGUGGUACUCAUCAGAGAACCAGACCACUAUGAAGUCUCUCACCUCUCUCCCUACACCUCCACCCCCGCUUCACCUGGAGGACCAAGAGGCUGCACGGACGCGCAGCAAAGUGUGCCCGCUUUGCAGGAAAGUACGCAGUAACGACACGGCCCUGGCCACCUCGGGCUACGUUUUCUGUUACCGCUGCAUUUAUACGUACGUGAAGACUAACCACCGGUGUCCGCUAACAGGCUAUCCGUCUGAACUCCAGCACUUAAUUAAGAUCUAUUCUCCAGAGGUGUAGCCCAAACUGAUCAUGUGACCACACAUACUGGGAAACUGACUCUUUUUUUUUUUUUUUUAUUGUGAAUCAAAUCAUUUGAAUCAACUCACCAAAUGACUCCUUUUUUUUUUUUUUUAAAAUAAACCGGACAAAGUUUGUGAUAUGCUGACCACUGAUUUGUCCUUCUUUGACUAAUGAAACAGUUUAGUCAAUAAAAUACCUUUUUAAUGAACUUUAUUUACACAUGCAAUUCUUAGCCUAACUCAGACACUACAAAAAGUGAAAAACAGUAAGCAUCCCUGCUUUGUGCAGUGUAUCUAUUCACGAUUAUGAAGAUUUCUGUCCAUUUAUCAUGAUAACUGAUCAUUUCCCAUGAUACACUCGCCUCACUUCCGGGAGUCGACUCAAAGAAGAGCCAAAUCAAAGAGUCGACUCGUUAGCAAACGACACAUCACUUGUUUGAAGCGUAUUGACUUUAACAUGCUUUUAAUUUACCUUGAAUUAGUGCUUUUCCAAUGCAAAAUACAUUUUAGUGCUUUAAAAAAGUACCUUGUGUCUGUGUGGGGUUUUUUGUAAUAAAGUACAUGGUUAUAAAGUCAAAUAAACU